AUGGCUGAUCUAGACGAUUUCUUCGCAAAAAAAGAUCGUAAAAAGUCUAAGUCGGUCAAAAAGUUUGCUACUGCGGAUGAAAUGGCGAAAAAAUUGGAGGACACAAAACAGAAAACGGACGUAAGACCGAAGAAAGACAGGCCGGCGACAGAAGGCGAAGAGGCUGGAUCAAUUAGGGAAGAAGAGGAGUGGAAAGAAUAUGAAGAACCUGUGAAGGAUUAUACAGGCCUCAAGCUACAGGUGCUACAGAGAGGUACUAGAGCUCCAGAAAGUGGGCGGGAUACAGCAGCUGAAGACUCUACCCCUGAAAACUCUAAAAACAAGGGCCCAUGGAACAAGCCGGUGGAAGCUGAACAAGUAGUGGUUAAACCUCCACCACCACCCGUGGAAGAGAAAAUCCGUGCGACGUCAACUUAUGUCCCGCCACAGUCGAGACAACGCCCCUGUGAUGGAUCAGUACGGCGUCCCCAGAAUAAAGCGUCUCUGGACAUCCACAACGAGGACUACUUCCCUGUGCUGGGUGCGGCUGCGGGGGCAAAACGCGGUGGGGGUUGGAGCACGGCGGGUGGUGCACCGCCCCGCGCACAGCACGCGCUCAACCCGCUGGCUCUCGGCAACCGAUUCACGUCUUUGCCCGACGACAGUUAG